GAACAUUCUGUUAAUUUAAAUGGCAGCUGAGAUAUAGAGAGGAUGCCCCAGUCUAUUUAAAUAACAGCUGUGCGAGUGUUUCUGUAGCCUGUUUGACUGCUUUAAGUCCCUCCCACCUGUAGAGCCGGUCUCCACAAUAUCUACCUGCAGUGUAGCCUGUUAACGCGGCUCAUUUCGCUGAAAAAUAGAGCACCGAACAGAGGCAGCCAGCCAGCAAGUGACGUAGUGAUACUGGUUAGUCCAGCAAAAAAAGAGGGCUCUGGAAUUAGACAGGGUGGCGUACGAAGAACUGGCUGUAUUGAUAUGUAUGCAUCCAUACGAGUAAGGUUCAACGGACAGGGAGCAGAGAGGAAAUAAACACACUGACUCUUCACCUUCAGACAAAAAGUGCAGCAGCAGGUUUUAAUGGCUGAAAAAUUUGAGUGAACCUGAGAAGGAGCUGCCUAAUUGGUGUAUGACAUAAGGCAUCAGUGUUUAAUCCUGGGGCCCAAGGCCACCAUUUUGCACAAUUAAACAAAAUGUCAGGACCUGAAGGCAAGAUGAGUGCAAAAGCUCUUUAUGAGCAACGAAAGAAGUAUUCCAAUUCCAACAUUAUCAUGCACGAGACUUCUCAGUACCACGUGGAGCAUCUCGCCACAUUUGCAAUGGACAAGAGUGAGUCCAUUGUGACAAUAGAUGAUGGCGUCAAGAAACUGCUACAACUGGAUUCAAAAGGGAAGGUGUGGACUCAGGAGAUGCUGUUGCAAGUGAACGACAAAGCUAUUAGACUUCUGGACUGUCAAAGCCAGGAUGAGUUGGAGAACUUUCCGCUAAAUACAGUGCAUCACUGCCAAACUGUACUCAACCAGUCCAAAUAUUCAUCAAUUUUACUGGUCAUGUGUCAAGAUUCUGAUCAGCACAAACCUGAUAUGCAUUUCUUUAAUUGUGAUGAAGUUGGGGCUGAGAUGAUUCAUGCGGAUGUUGAGAGUGCAAUCUCUGACUGCAAAGGAGGACAGAAAAUUCGACCACAGACACUGAAGGUGAACCAAGAAAAAAUGAAGAAGCAGCGGGAGACAAUAAUCCCUUCACCCCCUCAAAGUAUUGCACCUGUCUAUCCUCCUGGCGCCAAGAGUCGAGCUGCUGCUAUGAUGGCACAAAGUGGCCCAGUGGCACAAGAUCGGAGAAGCAUCAGUUCACAAGACCAUGAGGAGUCACCUGAAGUUUUGGCCCACAAGAUUGAGAAAGAUGUGCAAAUUCUAAACUGCACACUAGAUGACAUUGAGUCCUUUGUAGCCAGACUUCAAAAGGCUGCAGAAGCAUUCAAUCAACUGAAUCAAAGAAAAAAAUCAAAGAAGAAUAAAAAAAAGGCACCAGCAGAGGGUAUGCUUACUCUGAGAGCAAAGCCACCGUUACCAUCAGAAUUCGUUGACUGUUUGCAAAAGAUCAAGCUGACCUUGAAUCUUUUGGCUAAAUUGAGGAGGCUCAUUCAAAAUCCAACUGCAGUGGAGCUGCUUCACUUCCUGUUUGGACCACUUGAAUUGGUUGUUCAGACCAUUGGAGGCCCAGACGUGCCCAGGACCAUCAUAAGCCCUCUGCUUUCCAAAGAGGCAACAGAAUUUCUAAGAGGCCACCUCAAUUCAAAGGAGAUGAAGUUAUGGGAGUCACUGGGCGAGGGAUGGACCAGGUCCAGGGCUGAUUGGCCAAAGGAACAUCACGUCCCCCACUACGUGCCGAAGUUCAAAAAUGGUUGGGAGCCACCCCUCGAGAAUUUCCGAGGUGUUCCUUGGGAACUGGACCCACACCAAGUGGCAGAUUCCAUUGCAAUUACAGCAGAUGUACAAUGCAGACAGGAGGAAAUGAAACAACCACCUGAGGAGCAUUCGUCAACACCUUGCUUCCCUCCUCCAAAUGGGUAUGCAUAUAAUAACACAUCUUUCAAGAGAGGCCAGAUUGCUGACCAGAAUACCGCAGUGGAUGCAUUUAAGCAGAGUGUUAGUCGACAUGUAGAUAGAAAUUAUGAGGCACAAGGAAUACAACAACAGAAAAAAUAUGUUCAAAUAGUAUACGAUUUUGUGGCAAGGAAUGCCAAUGAACUUUCCGUCCUAAAGGAUGAGAUAUUGGAGGUGGUGAUAGAAGAGAAUAAGCAGUGGUGGAAGCUGAAGAGCAAAUUUGGAGAAACUGGCUAUGUCCCGUUUAACAUGCUGAGUGUGAUAAAUAUCAAUGCCAUCCCCAGCCAGCCUGACCACCCUUACAGCCAGAGUGGUCAACGAUACAAAGGAGAAAUGAGUCCGAGAGGAACCGGGCCUAAUAUCCCAGGCUACGCCUCACCUGGACCCUUUACCGGCCCUGGCCAUGUGAGACAUGGAAGCCAUGAGCUACCAGGACUAGCAAACAGGCCCUACUCAAGAGAUAAGGAUCACAUAAUGACGCAGAUGGAUGAAGUGAAUGAUGAGCUUUUACAUUUAAUAACUACGAGCAAAACAAAACCACCUUCUCGCAACUUUAUGGUCCCAAAGCAGUCAUCAAUUCAAAUACCACUAGGUUAUGAAUCCAGCUCAGAUGAUGUCAAAUCUUGGUUGGAGGCAAAAAGCUUCAGCAAAGCGACAGUGGCUGGUUUGGGUAUAUUGACAGGAGCACAAAUAUUUUCUCUUAACAAAGAAGAACUGAAGAUGGUGUGUGGAGAGGAAGGUGCUCGAGUGUACAGUCUAAUUCAAGUACAGAAGGCUGAGUUAGAUAAGCAUCGAGGAGAUACAGAACUAGAAGAAAUCAUGAAACGAAGACAAGAGAGGAUUGAUUCCAAUCAAUAAAAUUUCACUGCAGUUUGCUUUGUGAUUGGACAAUAAGACCAGAAAUUAAACUUGUACAAACGGAAGGGUCGGGUCUCUUAUAUAGAAUUAAUAACUACUGAUUGUUUUGUGUAUUUUACUCCUGUUGCUUCAAAGGGAAAAUUCCAUUCAGAACCUGUGUGGCUUUCAUACUGGUAUUUGGCCUGAUAUAUUCAAAUGCGCACCAUAUACUUUUAGAAAUAUAAAUAUACAUAUAUGUGCAUGUAGCUAUAAUAGUGGACAUUUGUGGAGCAUUGUUGCCAAAACCUGAAGCCAAGUGAACACAAUAUGAAUGUAAUUUGCUUAUUAUUAGUUGAAUGGCAAAAUGAUAAUCCUGCAGCAAGCUCCUGGCCUAUACAGAUAAACAGACAAACUGCUGAUAGGCAACAGUAAUUGUGACUGUAAUCUUAUAAUGUUCCUUCACCUGUUAUUUUAUUGAAGAGGGCUGGUAACUCUACUAAAAUGGACAUACAGUAUAAAUUAUAAAUACAUAUAAACACUUGCCGGAAAAUAUCACCAUUCUAGCAAUAAUGUCUUAACUGAUGAGACAUUAAUCGUAUUUCAGUAAGUAAUUUAUAAGUUCUGCUGUUUACAACUUAAUACAAGUGCACAACAGGUUGCACAAAUAAUAAUGGUCCUAUCAUUCUAGAAUAUGAAUAUAGUGACAACCCACUAACAGUCAUUACAGUGCAGUAUGUGAGUCUUGCUAAAAAGAGGCAUACUAUUGAAAAUUUUAAUCUUGCACCCAUCAGAACGGACAGAAACAAGCCAUCACCUUACAUCUGUUUUGAUGACUACAAAAUGUCUGUUUCCAGCAAUUAGGCAGAAUAACUUUUAAUUGGUCUUUUUGAAAUGAGCUUAAAUGAUAGUGUAUCUACACAGCUUAAGUCUUCCCCUAGCCAAUAGGCUCAGGCAUGUUACUAGUGUAAAUCACAUCCAAACAGACACUGUGCUGAGACAAAGUGCUGAACUUUGUUUGGGAACCCCACUGCUGGGAUCAAACACAGGUCCUGACCCUACAACAUGUUGGAUGUCUCUUGCUGACAUGAUUUUUGCAAGUUGUCUGACCAAUAGCUCACAGCAUGCUUGCUGUCCAAUUUAGGAUGGUGGGUGGUCUCUUGAAGCGGAAGGAGCCCAUAUGAGUCUCCCAAAUGCAGAACAUUGAUUUCCCCACUGCGUCAAGUGAAAGGUCCAAUACCUUCAGUGAGAUAAAGAAAUCCUCACCCUCUCUACUGGAUAUGCAGAGGUCAACCCCUCCACUGGCAGCCAGCAACUACAGCUUUGGCCCAACGGGCAUUGGUUGGUGAGAAGAGGGGAUGGUUAGAGGGAUGAAUUGCUAUCCCUGCCACAUCUUCCGCUAGGUAGGCUGUGUUCACUCACUGCCAAUGUUAAAGUGCAGUGAGAGACUUCACCUGCCAACUGAAAAACUCCAUGCUUAAUUGCUUCCAAUAGAUUUUCCACUACUUACAGGCAGGAAGCCCUCAAGCCCCUCUGGCAUGACCUCUCAAAUGGCUUGGGAUGGGAUGAUGUUAGCAAUUUGGUAUCCUGAGUGAUCUUGUGAAGCUCUAGACUCAUCUACCUUACCAACCUUUGAAAGUUCUGCCCAAAGUCCACUGAUGUGGAUGUCCACUCAACACACACUCAUUAUUACUCUUUGUUAGGUUUUCAUUUAAUUAUAAUAUGAAUACAGAUUCCAUAUCCCUUCUACUUAAUUGUCAUUAUUAGAAAUACAAUAAAUGGGUCCAUUUCCUAAUCCUGUGGCUGUCACACAUUUAGUGCAUUAUUCAAAAGAUGCCCAGUUUGAAAAAAUAUCCAUGUUCACAAGUACACGUUUGAGAAUUAAUGCAGUGCCUACGUUGUCCAAGCAAUAGUUAAUAAUAGUGUACAGGUAUUUUUAAACCGUGGUCAUUUAUCAUUCCGCUGGUAGGACUUAACUCCUGGCCACAAUUAUUGGUACUAAUAAAAACUGAUAAAUAGCAGUGAGAAAAUUGGAUCUUAAGAUAUCUUCCUCCAAAUAUUAUUUUAGUGUGAAAGUGUAUAUAUUUGAUUGUGAGUUAAAAUGAACAUCAUAAAUGGGGGACUGUGCCUAAUUGAUUAGAAUUGCAUCUCUUUACAGAUGUUAGUAAAUGAUACAGCAUGGUAUAAAGAAAUCUUUUCCGCUUUGUAAUCUGGUGAUUUUUUUUUACUUCUUUUAUGUCAGGGAUUCAAGUUUAAAUGAAUUUCUGUUUGUUAGGAUAAUAAGUGAAUCCCUUGGCAGUCCACUCUCAUUGGACGUGAGGCAGAGAACCAAUCCAGCUGCAAUUUUCUACUCUUAAGCUGAUCUCAUUCAAAGGAAAAUGUAAAAAAAAUUCAAACAUUACACUGGCAAGAGUUGGUUGGAGCAUAAUAUUUUGCAGUACUGCUGUUGCAGCUUUGUUCCAUUUCUAUUCCACAAUAUUUUAUUGUGCAGUGUUUGUUGCUGCUGCUGCUAGGUGCCAUGGAACAGUUUCUCAUUGCCAGGUCUGAUAUUGCUUAUCUUGAUCAUGCUAGCCUCCUAUAUAUUCAAAUUAUACGUACUUCCAUAGCUAAUGGAACAUAGUAACAGUAUUAUUCUUGAGUUUUCAUCGUUUUUUUUCUUUCCUCUCCUGAAAGUUUUGCUGGGAAACCACUCAAUUCACACUGUUACUUUCUCUUCCCUCACCCGUACCUCAGCCUGAAAUUGGAUUGCAGCAAUGGUAGGUUGGGGCUGACCUUAAUUCACUGUUCACAAUUUUCCUGCCCUCUCCUGAGCUGCCAUGCCCUUCCCUUCCUGCUUGGACUGUCUGUAUAGUGGCAAUAGAUUUCUACAAAUGGUCUGGUGUCCCCGACUGAGGAAAGACCUUGUAGAAACCUCAAUCUUGCUGCUGAUGAUUUAUCUAAAAGGACCUCAGUUUCUACCAAGGCUUUGAAAACUGAUGAAGAUGCAGCUUUGAGAGUGUAUCUUCCCUUUGGAUUGUUCAUUUCUUCAAAUGGUGUAGCCACAUUUACAGUUCAGCCUUGUUCAGACAGGCAGUGCUUUGAGUCCAUAGAUUUGGAUGGUUCAUACACAUCAGCCUCAAAUGGAACAGUUGGAAUUGAUCUGAUUUCAGGAGAUUAUGCAGUUCAGCAGUUGCAAGCAAGAAUUUAAGUCUCUUCCCAUCAUGUUCAUGCAACAUUUGCCAUGGUGUUCAGUGUUUUUAUAGUGUGUCUUUAUGGUGUGAGCAGAACUGGUAUGAGAUUAAAAGGAAGCGAGAGGCUCAGUUAAUGAGGCUAUAUAAAAUGGGAAGAAAACAAUUAGGAGAUAUCCUUCACCAAAAAUCUACAGAUAAUGCUGGCUGCUUGAGCAGAUUUAUUUCUCAAUGCUAACCUUCAUAUCAUAAGGUGGUUUUACAGUGUACAUUUAAGUUUUGUAACAAGUGCUUCAAUUCAUCACCAUGCCUACAUUGCUUUACCUCUAUCAUGUUACAAAAGAUAACCACAUUGAGGUGCUACUUAAACACCAGGGAAGGCAGUGGUCCUUGACUGCACAAUAAUAUUAUGAACCUUUUGGUACUAAGACAAUUGUCAUUUGAGCACUGGUUGUCAGGGACUCUUAACCAGAUUAAGUCACAGUUGCAGUUUUAAUGGGCAACCUGAUUCCAUCCUAACAAUAAGAUCAGCAAGCCAGGCUCAUGAGAAAGACCAACUCUAUUGCCUUCCUAAGAGGGGCUGAUGUUAUGUGUCAUUCUAAGGUGGCAUGGUGGCUCAGUGAUUAGCACUGCUGCCUGACAGCGCCAGGGACCUGGGUUCAAUUCCACCCUCAGGAGACUGUCUGUCUGUGUGGAGUUUGCACAUCCUCCUUGUGUCUGCAUGGGUUUCCUCUGGGUGCUCCAGUUUCCUCCCACAGUCCAAAGAUGUGCAGGUUAGGUGGAUUGGCCAUGCUAAAUUGCCCGUAGUGUUUAGGGGUUAUAGGUGGAUGGGUCUGCAUGGGAUUCUCCAAGGGUUGGUGUGGACUUGUUGGGCCGAAGAGCCUGCUUCCACAGGGUAGGGAUUCUAUGAUCCCUAAUUUUUCAGGAAAUCAAACCUGACAGAUUUAAUUAGAUCCUGGAGAGACAGCACAUCAAAGGAUUCAGUUGCAAUUUCACCUGCAGAUCCCUGGGGUCAGAGAUCAUGGAGUCCGUUUAACAUGCAAAUACACUUUAGAAGCUCUCUCUGGGACAAAUGCAAAUGCAUGUGGUGUCAUCACUUGCUGUCCACCUCACAUCUAGUUUUAUGUAAAAGUUCAAUUCUGUAGUAUUUAAUUUGAAUCUAAACAGAACUGGUGAAUAUUGGGAAUAAUUCCAUGAUUAUAACUUUGAUUAACGGAGAGGCAGGAUUGCAGAAUUUUGCUUCUGUUGUCCAUUCAUUCGGCUAUUUUUCUUUUCAUGCAAUUUUUAUUUUAAAUAUGAAAGAGGCAAUGAUCAUGACCAGGACUCUCAGUAAUUACUAAUAGAUAUAGAUUUCACUAAUAUCAUUAUUAAUACAAAUAAUUUAGUUAACCCAGUACAACAUCACGUAAUAAAUGCUACAACUUCAGCACUUCCUACGUGUGGUGAGCUUUGUCCAAUUGUCACACUGAAAAUCUUGGAAGCAGUGACAGCUCCAGCUUACAAACAAUGUGAAAUCACUUCUCCCUAAUUAUCACCAACUAGUUAUUCGAUUAUUCACUAGUCAUCGCAAAUCUGUUCAAAAACCUGAGUGGAGAUUCCAUGUGGUUUGGCUGCUGGUAUGGGCAAUGUUUGCCUGUCACUGAUUUGUUUAAAUAGCUGUACGAAGCCUAUGGUACAUUUGAAACUUAGAGGAAAGGAAGCUGAACUCUGCAUUAAUUUUCAGUCUCUGAAUGCAUUUUAUUGUUAUUCCUAUGUGUCAAGAUCAGCUUUGAUCUAAUAUACUUUAAUGUCAAAAUUUCUUUAUUUAACUUUUUGCUCUUUUAUUCAUCAAAAUAAACAUUUUUUGAUAUGCAAGUUCUCGCAUAAACAUUAUUCUGUUGCUUUGUACAUAAAAAAAAUUUGUCAGGAAAAAGAAAAAAAUUAAAAUUAGUUUUGUGUAAAAUGAACUGUAUGGCUUUCCAGGGGUAAGUUAUGGAGGAGUGAAAAGAGUUACGCAAUAAUUAACCAAGUUGAUUUUUCAAAUCUGAGAAUUGUUUUUUUUAGUGCUAAUUUUUAGAACAUAGCUCUUUUUAUGAAAACCAGUCUUUAUUGUAAACUGAAUAAAUUAAAUAAAGUAA